UGUGGUGUUGAUGUCAAUAAAGUGAAUUCAUAUGACCAAACUGCCUUAGAUAUAGUGAACAAAUUUACAACUAAUCGUGCUGCCAAAGAAAUUAAACAGAUUUUAAAAGAAGCAAGUUUUUGUGUGCAGGCAAAAGCUGUAAGAGACCAUUGCAACAUCUAUGACCCUAACUCUCUGACCUUCAAGGAUGGUGAUAUUAUAAAGAUAAUUGAGCAGAGACAAGAUGGUAUGUGGAAAGGUUGUCUAAUGAAGGACGGGUGUAUGGCCAAGCCAGGAUGGUUCCCAGCUGAUCAUGUUGUGCUUAUAGACAAUACAGCAGGUAGAAAGAAUGCAUUACGAAGUACUUCAUCUUAUACAACGCCACCUCUAACACCUGACAAGUUACCACCACGAUGUAAUAGUUUCUCUUACAACGGUGUACAUACUUCCUUUACAUCAAAUCGUAGCUCGUAUGGCAGUAUAGGUGUAGACGAGGCUUUCCCUCCUCCUCCUUCCCCAACAUGCAUGUCUAAAUUUGAGCAUAUUAGUAAUACACAAGAAUUAGAGUUCCCACCUCCACCAAUAUUUGUUACUGAGCCUCAAGAAGACUCUGAUGUUACAGAUGAAUGUUGUAAAGAGGUGACAGUGUUACCCCCACCACCUCCACCAUCAUACCAAAAUGUUGUCAACAAUUCACCAAGUCACCACCAGAAUUUAAAUGGGAAGGUGAUAGUGAACCAUAUAGGUGAGCAUUGUUAUGUUGACAAUGUUGAACCAGCAUACCAGAACUCAUGGGAUAUGAGGUCAUCAAGUCCAGCUGGUAGUAACAGGAACAGUGCUGCCAGUAGUGACAGUGGUCGAGGCCUAUCAGCUAACUAUCUUGAUCCAAAGGUGCACCACAACUAUGUUAAUGUACAGGUAAACAAUCAGUACAGGUUAUCAGGUACAAGUUAUGAGAGUGGUGUAUCAUCACGUCAGAGUUAUCACAGUACAUCAAGCUCCAGUGUGGGCAGUCUAGAUAGACUUGAAGAAAGUGGGUACUCUAGUCAGAUAAACGUGGCGGAGCUCUUCCAAGCUGGUGUUCCUGACCAUGAAGUGUUGCGGGCCUGGUUGAGGGAUCUCAACUAUGAAGAGUAUUACCAGAAUUUUCUGUCAGCCGGAUAUGACAUGCCCACAAUUACACAUAUGACACCUCAGGAUCUCACAGCCAUUGGCAUAUCAAAGCCGGGUCACAGAAAAAAGUUAAAAUCCGAGAUUGCCAGACUGAAUAUUCAUGAUGGCAUACCAGAUUUUAAACCUAAUGAUCUUUAUGACUGGCUGAGAAUGUUGAACUUAGAGCAGUAUUAUAACACGUUAGCCAAUCAGGGCUAUGAUAACAUUGAUUAUGUAACAGACAUUAUGUGGGAGGACCUGGAAGAAAUUGGAAUCCAAAGGCUAGGUCAUCAAAAGAAGAUCAUGUUAGCUAUAGACCGACUGAAGAGGAUUUUGUCGGGAACAAAAAGAUUGUCAACAAUAGAUGGUCGUGAGGGAACAGAAGUGCUUGAACCUCCAAUGGCUAGUAUAAGGUGGUCAGGAGAGAGGUCAUCACCGCCACCACCAGCACCACCCCAGUAUAAUGAAUUACCACCGUAUCUGAAACCUCGCCGGUCAUCCUCUGGGGAUAGUCUCAGCACUAACAGCAGUGGAGGAGAAAUGAAGUCAUUAAGCCAGCCACUUGAGAAUGAGUAUGCUAAUACCAGUCAUUUACAUCAGAAACCACCUGCUAUUGUGCCCAUAAAGGUCAAAAGGUCAAUGUCACAGUCUGCGCCUAAUGGGAUGGCAGACGGUAAAGAUAGUGGAACUCACCAGAAGAUGUGUCAAUCAUUUCAUGCACCACCUGAUAGAACCUCGGAUUAUUCAGACAGAGAGAACACACCUACUGGUGAUGACUAUCAGAUGUCUAGUUCACCAAUGGCAGGAGCACAUCCAGUUGCUCCAGUUGUUGCUGCCAAACCUAAACCUGUAGCUAUGAUUGUGGCUAAAUCCAAACAGCCUAGUCGAGAAGGUUCACCUGAUAUUAUAGAUGUAGAAAAACAUGAGGCUGAAAGAAAUAAUGAUGGAUACAAAAGCCCUGUAAAGAGUCUGGAAGGUUUUAAGUAUCCCCUUGCUACAAAUGGAAGUUUAAAGCGAAGAACAUCAGAGCAUAUUUAUGAUACUCCUCAGACGGGUACCCCUAGAACAGUUAGUAAUUAUGUGAAUUAUCCUCCAAUGUCAGGGCAUCAGGUCCUUACUGGACCAGUUAGUCCUUUACAUGUAUCAACUCAGUUCUCGUAUUCUUAUCAACAAAGUAAUUCACCAAGAAAUUCACAACAGAAUUCUCCAGGUGGCAGAGCUAAAAAGGCCCCACCUCCCCCACCAAAGAGGAAUGCUUCAUUACGUCAAAAUGAAAGUACAACAAACAAAAAUGGCCCAGUUAGUCCGAGUCAUAAUGUGACAACGUCUACAAGUCCCGGGAUGACUUCUGUGUUGUCUCCGCCCCCAAUUCAACAAAAACCUCAGAUUUCCACUCCUCAAGCACAGGCAUUUGUUAAUUGUGUUCAAAGUCUUUCAGAACGUUUUGGAAAGAAAAGUGAGGAGAAUAGUGCUGGUGAUAAUUUAAGUUCAGACAAUGAAGAUUUACCUCCAGCACCUUUAGUUGCCAUGGAAAUAAUUGAACCAAAAAUUUCAAAUUAUGGUUUGUUAGGGAAAUCAGACAAAAUAAGUUCAGGAGAGUACAUGUUACAACAAAGACUGAAAAGGGAAAGUUCUUCAAGUUCAAGUCCGACAUCAAAUGGUGUCGAAAGUGCUUUUGGUGUCAAGUUGCGUCAAGCUAAAACAGAGUCUCAGUCACAAAACCAGUCUGGUGAAAGUAUAGUUACUGUAAACCAGACUGAAGCAGUUGUCUCACAAGACAGUGUUCAGGACAAAAAUGGUGUAAAUGUACAAAAUGCUCAAAAUUGUGUUCAACAAACUGAAAAUACAAAUGUUACCAAAGAAUCUAAUGGUCAAGUUGAUGAUAAAGACAAACAAAGGAAAGAUUCAACAGGAAGUGGUAAGGGAGAAUUACAUCUUAGUUCUUCAACAUCAAGUUUGGACUCUAACACUUUACCAUUUGCAAAUGAAAAUGUUGGCACAAUAAAGCAAAGGGCUCAGCAAUGUAAACCAUCUCUAGUCAUGAUAUUGGAUGAUGGUACAACACACACGGAGGAAGAUACUACUGAACAAUCUUUUAGUGACAAUACAGACACUAUUAAACGAACACCAAAUAAGUUACCAAAACCUCAACAACAAACUGUACAAAAACUGCAGCAACCAAAAGUACUGCCCAAGCCAAACCAACAAGGAAAUAAUCAGCUGCAACAACCACAAUCAAAGUCACAACAACAGGAUAACCAGCAACAACAGCAGAAGACAGAGCAGGAUAGACUUGCUGCACAACAGCAGAAAUUAUUAGCGAACCAACAACAUAAACCCCAGCAACAGUAUAAUGCGAGUGUAACAGCCAGUUUUGUACCAGGGGCACAGUCAUCCCCACAAAAUACUAGCAAAGAUAUUGUACGUCCGUCUGUCCCCCAGAAACCCACUGUAAAACCAGCAGUGUCACCUAAACCACAAGCUAAAGGACAACCAGUAGCUGGUCAGAAACAGAAGUCGGGAGAUGUGCUCAGUGAAAUUGAUAAUAUGUUACAGGGCCUAACAGAUGAACUUGAUGCUAUGUUAGAAUUUGAUCUGGCAGAAUGAAGAUAAAAUAUGACAACUUGUUGUUGUUUAACUUAUUCUGGUAAACUGCUGAAUAAACUGUCAUCAACUGACUCACAGGUCAAGGUCAUUUUCUAAUUAUCAUUACAACAAUCACAAAGGACUGAUGUGAAAUGAUCAGUAGAUAAUCUGCUGUAUUUAAAUGACCUUAAAAUGUAAAAAAAAGUGCAAUUUUUGUAUUGUAUGAUGAACAGAAGAAGUGCAUUUCUUAUCAUAGUCAUAUUACAGUGAUAUAUGGCAUUAUAUAGGCAGUACUGUGAUGUAUCUGGAAGGAUUGUGCUAGUCAGGGUAAAGGAGGAGAAGUUCAAGGACAAAACUGUCAAAGUUGAAACAAUCUCAUAAUAAUAAAUGGUGAAAUUAUCUCAUUGAAUUUGAGUGGCCAACUCCAAUUGGUAUAUAUUAUUGGAGUAUUGUCAUGACUAUGAUCUGAUGAUAGAGAAUGAUAUUGUAACCGGAUUACAAGAAUUUAUAGGAAAAUAAUAUUUGCAGAACAAAAGUAUACAUACUGUUUAUUUUUACUAUAAUUAUAACGGGGAGAAUUGAUUAUGAGAUAUGACUGAAAUUAAAGUAGGUGUUUUAUUUUGCUUCCUCUCUAAAGACUAUUAUUAAGCUCUGUUAUUAAGCUAUCAUUUUGUUUUAAAUUAUUUGCUUUACUCUAUCACACUGCUUUUUUUAACCUGUGUAAUAGCACUGAGUCUUAGUGUACUGUGAUAGUUUAAUUUACCUCUGUCAUAAAUGAAGUGUACAUGUAUAUACCUAUAUUUACCUGUAAACUCUUGUUGCUGUUUGAACUAAGAUUGUAGGUUAAGAUUGUGGGAUAUUUUCUGGAGCCUAUUAAAUCUUAUCUUCUUUUAUAGAUAAAAGAUGGAAGUUAAACAGGAAAUGGGGAUUUUAAGAUAGUACUAUAUUUUGUUAGGAAUCUGAUUCACUACAGACAUCAGUCCACAGGUCUCUGUUUCCUUUCUCUUUCAUUUUAACAGAGUCCAUAAAGUGGAACUUUGAUGGUCUCAUUAUUGAUCCUGCUACUGCAAAAAUAUAACACAAUGUUUCUUGUGUCCGCCUUUAAAGGUUAGUUUAUGCCAAAACUAAUGUAGAAAACAAUACCUUGGUAUGUCAGUGAACUUAAACAAAGAUAUUUUUGCACCAGUAUCUCAUGUUGAGAAUAAUCUGGAAAUUUUAAUAGUGCUUAACAUGAAUGUUGUUUUUUUACACAUUUUAUAAAUAUGUAAAUGACUUAGAUGAACUUUCCAGUUUGUUUUUUUUGCUAUUUAAUCAGCAACAUAUUUAAAAUGGUCUGAUAUAUACAUGCUAAUUUAUCAGAUGCAUCUUAUUAUGUAAACAUGUUGUUAUCUGGGCUUACUUUUAUUUUAGCUUAAGUUAUUAUUGUAUCAAAGUUGAAUAACCUAUGCUCACAUAAUUAAGGUAGCACUAUAAAUCCAUGAUUGUCUUAAUGUCAGGAUUUAUACUGUAUACAGCCAUGUUAUAUACUGUCAAUAACUGAAAGAAACUUUAAGAAUCAAAGCAGACGAAAUUACAUAUCUUUAGACUACAUGAGGGAAAUGCUUCAAAGAGUACAUAUUGCCCUGCACAUCAGUUGGUAGUGAUGAUUUUUGUAUGAAGACAGGUGUAUGCUGGUAUGGUAUCAUACUGUACAGAAAAUAUUCCUGAUUUUAUCAAAGAUGUGAGGAUUCUUAUCUUUCAGUUUAAAUUAAUACCUCUUAGUCAUAUGCUGAUUCUUCUUCACAUACAGUUUCCUAUCUUUGACAAGGAGGGUAUUAACUUCAUUUUCCAAAGUUAGACUAAUCAUUUACCUGUUAAUGCAAGGGAAACAACUUCAAAUGUAUCAGGUUGUCAGUGACAAUUGAGUAACCUUUCUUGAGUUUUUAAUAAUUAUCUGAUUUCUAGUUAAUAACUGAAAAUGUUUGUCAGAACUGUUAAGAGAAUUGGUCAUUUGCUUUUCUCAGAACUAUGCUCAUCAUUGUUUGUCUCUUUUCGACUUUCGCACUUUCAUUUUUCUGCACAGUCUCAAAUUUUGACUUUUAUUUAUCAGAAUUCUAGCGACAAAUAUCAGCAAAUUUUGUCAUUUCAGGUGUUUGCAAUGUCAUAUACCUUGUAAUGUUACAUGUUGUAUAAAUAUUUAAUUUCAUUGAUAAUUUGUUCAAGAGUUUUAGUUAAUGUGAAUAAAUUGUUAGGUAGUUUCAAAACAAGAUUUUUCUCUUCUUCAGUACUCUGUACCAAAAAUUAUUUGAUAUAUCAAAGAAAAAUAUUUAUGUUACUGUUUAAUGAAUAACAAUAGUGUUUCUAAGGUGUUUUAUCCAUAACACAGACCAAUUUAUGUGGAAUAAGGUAAUCAAUAAAACAAUUUAAAGUUGAAAUGGAAUACAAGUUGGAUAUAAAAUAUUUUGUAGUUUAAAGGGACUCCACUGAAAACAUAACAUUAGAAUUUCUUACAUAAAUGAACUGGGUGCUUUAAACAGAAGUAUAUGCAAAGAUAGUAAAGAAAUUUAAUAUACUUUAAAAAAAUCGAAAAUCGUAGUUUUAUGCUUUUCUUAGCCUAAUUUGAGUGAAAAGCCUUUAAACGCUUUUCAUUUUGGGUCAUUUUUUUUUACAAUUUGAAUAAUUAUUCU